GUGUUUCUGCCUCUUCAAACAAUAUAUUCAAGAUGGCGGCGAUGUCUGUGUACCCCAUGUGUGUUCGGGCUAGCCAUGGCCUUCUCCGGCUACGGAAAGGUGUCCGCUGCCUAGAUCCGUCUAUGAUGGAUUUGAUUCGUGUACUGUCUACAGAUCCCCCAAAACCAGACAGUAGUCCCGCAGGUGGAUUGGCUCAAGCAAUUUUGCAAGAACGUCUUCAGCAGCAACAGAGGAGUCAGGACCAAUCUUCUGAAAGAGGGGACGAUUCCAACCAAAGACAAGAGAAGAAUGAGGAAAAGAAACAGAAUGAAAACACAGCUUUUGCCAAGAAAGUGGUUUUCCGGUUAGCAGGACUUAUGGGAGUUGGUGCUGCAGUUGGCGUCGUGUACAUAUUUGGUAGUAAUUCCGUGGACGAGCAAGGAAACAAGAUUCCAGAUGAAUUUGAUAAAGAUGCGCCAGUUCUUCAACAUCUGAAGAGAACAUUGAAGUACUUCCAAGACUACAGACAGAUGAUUAUUGAACCCACAAGUCCUAAGCUUCUUCCAGAUCCCCUGCGAGAGCCAUACUAUCAGCCUCCAUACACAUUAGUGCUGGAGCUCACCGAUGUCCUGCUUCACCCAGAGUGGUCGCUGGCCACAGGCUGGCGCUUCAAGAAGAGACCUGGCAUAGACUACUUAUUCCAACAGCUGGCUCCACUCUAUGAAAUUGUCAUCUUCACUGCAGAGACAGGCAUGACGGCAUAUCCCCUCAUUGACAGCAUAGACCCCCAAGGCUUUGUCAUGUAUCGCCUUUUCAGAGACGCCACGCGCUACAUGGAGGGACAUCAUGUCAAGGAUGUAUCUUGUCUGAACAGAGACACCUCUAAAGUAAUCGUGGUGGACUGCAAACGGGAAGCUUUCAACCUGCAGCCUUUCAAUGGCAUGGCGCUUCGCAAGUGGGAUGGAAACUCUGAAGACCGCACUCUCUACGACCUGGCUGCCUUCCUGAAGACCAUUGCAAUCAGCGGAGUUGAUGAUGUCCGCACAGUGCUAGAGAAUUAUGCCCUUGAGGAGGACCCUAUUGAAGCCUUCAAGCGAAGACAAGCACAGCUGGCACAGGAAGAGGAACAGCGGCUAUCAGAGUUGGCUCAACAGAAGAAGCAAGGCUUCUCCCUAGGCUCUAUCGCUGGACGCUGGUUUAAUUCAAAGCAACAAUGAAGAAAUACAGAAAACACAUUACUUGCCAGCUUCACCCCAGCAGAACUGUCACUCAACGGGGUUGGAAAUACCGGCAGAUAUGUGCAGAUCCCAUCUUGUCACCUCCACUGGAUUGUCACCUUUUUGGGAUGUUGGCAACAGACAGCACUGCGCCCCCCCCCCCCCCCCUCCCCUCCCUCACGGGCACCACAUGGGCGGGUCCUGUCCUGUCUCUGACCACUGUCGGCCCAUAUUUCCAUGAAGGUUACACAACAUGUCUUCAGAGACUGACCAUACACCAGGGUCUACACAUUUAAAGGCAACACUCAGACUAUAAAAGGGUAGCAGGAUGUUGUGACCUAAUGUGGAAUAUUUGUGUUUAGGUCCAGAGCUUCAUUAGACCCUGAGUGUCAAUUGUCUCUGUUGCCUAAAGUGCUUGUGGUUUAUCAAAUGCAGUUUAUGUGGUCCAUCCAGUUAUUCUUAAAUAAAUAAGUUAUGGCAACUUUCA